CUCAGUCCUGCGAUACUAGGGUCGACGAAGCAAUUCCUGCCAGUGCAAUUCGACAAAUUCGCUACCUACCUUAGGUAGUAUCCGUACUCGAGCCAACUCGACUUGGCUGUGCUUCCUUCCCCAGCCACCAUAAAGCCAGCGACCCAGCCUGGUGAAGGCGAAGACGACGAUACCCCGUGCAUCACGCAUCGGCUCACCAAGAUCUGAGGUACCUUUUCCCCCUCGCCCAUGUCACAUCCCAGUCAAUCAGAGCGCAAAAGUGAGCGAAAGUGCGUUCCCUCCCGUACCCCACCACACUACUUGCCAGGUCCAAGAGGUGAGGUGGGCGACCAGUAAAGGAGCAAAAGCACAGGCCCCCGAGCUCAUUGGGUGGACGAGAGACAAGAGAAAUUGCUAAAGCGGCCACUCCUUCCCCCGGGCACGCUGCCACUCUGUGCCACCUGUUCCACGCUCCUACCUACCCACCUUUGCCCGCCGCAGCCAUUUGCUCACCCACAAGUCGGGUUAGGUCUGCUUCUGACAUCGAAACCUGGCCCGCCAGCAGCAAAGCAGCAGCCAACGAAACGCCGAGGAGCGGCAGCCAGCGCUCACCGCACACUGUGCCUGCCAUUCCCACUCUUCUCCUUCUUCCCCCCUCCUCCACCCAAAAUCGACUACCUCUCAUCUUCCCGUAACCUUUCCCACUUCCGACCUCAUCACCCAUCGACGUGCUCUCUCCAAGUUCUUUGCCAUCCGCUCAGGACUUUUGCCAGUUCCAUCUCGCUCCUACGAUUCCGGAAUCGAGUGAGCUGUCUUCAAUUCCCUCUACAAAUCCUCUCUAUUUUCCCAGUCCUCACCCACCACCCUAAUUCAAAAUGGAAGAGGAGGUUGCCGCCCUCGUUAUCGACAAUGGUUCGGGUAUGUGCAAGGCCGGUUUCGCCGGUGACGAUGCGCCCAGAGCUGUCUUCCCCUCCAUUGUCGGUCGCCCCCGUCACCAUGGUAUCAUGAUCGGUAUGGGCCAGAAGGACUCCUACGUCGGUGAUGAGGCACAGUCGAAGCGUGGUAUCCUGACGCUCCGUUACCCCAUCGAGCACGGUGUUGUCACCAACUGGGAUGACAUGGAGAAGAUUUGGCACCACACCUUCUACAACGAGCUCCGUGUCGCCCCCGAGGAGCACCCUGUCCUUCUGACUGAGGCCCCCAUCAACCCCAAGUCCAACAGAGAGAAGAUGACCCAGAUCGUCUUCGAGACCUUCAACGCCCCCGCGUUCUACGUCUCCAUCCAGGCCGUCCUGUCUCUGUACGCCUCCGGUCGUACCACCGGUAUCGUCCUCGACUCCGGUGACGGUGUCACCCACGUCGUCCCUAUUUACGAGGGUUUCGCCCUUCCCCAGGCCAUUGCCCGUGUCGACAUGGCCGGUCGUGACUUGACCGACUACCUGAUGAAGAUCCUUGCCGAGCGCGGCUAUAGCUUCUCCACCACCGCCGAGCGUGAAAUCGUUCGUGACAUCAAGGAGAAGCUCUGCUACGUCGCCCUUGACUUCGAGCAGGAGCUCCAGACCGCUUCCCAGUCCUCCAGCUUGGAGAAGUCCUACGAGCUUCCCGACGGUCAGGUCAUCACCAUCGGCAACGAGCGUUUCCGUGCCCCCGAGGCUCUCUUCGCUCCUUCCGUCCUGGGUCUUGAGAGCGGUGGUAUCCACGUUACCGUCUUCAACUCCAUCAUGAAGUCCGACGUCGACGUCCGUAAGGACCUGUACGGUAACAUUGUCAUGUCUGGUGGUACCACCAUGUACCCUGGUCUUUCCGACCGUAUGCAGAAGGAGAUCACUUCUCUUGCUCCUUCUUCCAUGAAGGUCAAGAUCAUUGCUCCCCCCGAGCGCAAGUACUCCGUCUGGAUCGGUGGUUCCAUCUUGGCCUCCCUGUCUACCUUCCAGCAGAUGUGGAUCUCCAAGCAGGAGUACGACGAGAGCGGUCCCUCUAUUGUCCACCGCAAGUGCUUCUAAGCGACUUGCUUACCGAACCACAUCCUCGCCCUUCCGAAAGCACAUCGAUCCCAAAGAGCUCACGACCGGUGCAAGGUCCCUUCGGCGUUGCAUGUAUCGCGGUCAGGUCUCAUAUUGGCGAAAAGUUGUUGACAUGGUCAAGAAGUUUGGGUCGACCCUUAUCCCGAAAGAUUUGGUCCUUGUUUUGUAGCAGGGCGCGCGUGGGCGCGUAUAGGGGCGGACACGUCUGCAGCUGAGGUCGAUCAUACAAUACACUUU